AUGUUCCGUGUUCGUAGAAAAGCCUCCUGGCAGGCUGACGAGGCCGAGCGCCGCCGGAGCGCUGACCAGUCUUUCCUGCUGCUGGAGGAGCGCGGAAAGAUGAUCAUCUCGCAAGAAGAGAUAGAGGCCGAGCCUAUGUCCGCAGAGGAGGCAUCUGCGACCAGCAGCAGCAUCGAGGCCGCUGCGCUGAGGCCAUCCUUGGAGGAGCGCAUCGAGUACAACCCUCUCAAGGUGAAGCUGUUGGCGCGGAGCCAGGCUAUCGCGGCGAACUGCCGCCAGAGGGCUCACACUGCCUUCCUGCUGCUGGAGGACAUGGCACCCGUGGCGAGGACAAGGUCUCGCGGACGGUCUGCUUCGCCUUCAGCAGCGUGGCGGUGCAUCCCAUCGCCUUUGUUGGCGGAUGGCGACCGCCAGAGCCUGGGCGACUCCGCCUGGAUCACCCAGGAUUUGCUCGUAAACGUUUGGCUGACAUACUGCAUUGCCUUUCUCGUGUCUUUGACAACGUUUGCGCCAGGCCGACGAAUUCCGCAGCCGCGGGAGGUCGUCGUGCCGGGGUGGCACGAGGCAGAAGGCUCGCAGGGCUGUGUGCAUUCGCGACGUUUUGUGGAAGACGAUCGUCAGACCAGCGAAAAACACCUGGAUAUCUUGGAUACUUCCGAUGGUCGUGAGCUUGUGACACCCACGGCUCCACCACAGCAGCCACCCAAUGAAGAGGAACUGACGAAAAACAAGACUCAGGCUCAGGAGAAGGAGGAAGAAAAAAAGGUGGAGGAGGGAUCAGCUUCGAGCUGCACGAGUGAUGCGAAGACGAAGGUUUCCGAAGCAGCAGAUAAGCAGGAGGCAAGUCCGAUCCGAAAUCGCACCGAUCACGGCCCGAUCUUACAUCCUCCUUCAUAUACACUUGUUGUGUACAGCUUUCGGCUAGCGAUGCCGCUGAUCACUGUUUCGGUGAUGGUUCACUUGCUCCUCUUUGGCAUGUCAGCAUCCGAUGAGUUGUCGAGCUGCGUGGGUUGCAUCCAUGACGAGAACAUGCUGUUGCAAGCAGUGAAAGCACAACAUCGCUGGCGCCGUCGUCGAUGGGCUCCCUGGCGCUUCGGCCGCUACGGCCGCCAUUAUGGCCGCUACUAUGGCCACUAUUACGGCCCGAAGACUACCACGGAGAGGACCACUUCCGCAAGCCCGACCACCACCACUACCAGUAGCACCAACGCCAUCGUGUGUACUGGUGGCAAUGCUAAUGAAGGGCAAGGCCAGGAGCUUCGCGCUAAUCCCAACCCUGCCCAAAACAUCAUCACGAUCAAUUCAAGUGUGACGAGCCCGGAAUGUCAGUGCGUGGGGGGCACAAGCGGUGAUACUCUUGUACCCGGCUACUUGUCCAUUGUGGCUGGCCCCCUUUCGGAUUUUGAUGAGGUCCGCUUCAUCUCCGUCACCAGCCCUAACGGGACGGAGAUGAACUUGACAACAAUACUUGCCACCGACAGGACCCGUCCAUUCAAUGUUGCCGGCACGGUGGCCUUCAACGGAUUCUCAGCCAUUGGCGGUUGGGUUAUCAAGUUGCUGGAUGGCAGUGGCAACCUUGCCACCUCAAAGGCUUCUGUGGCGAUUCUGAGGUUUGGUCUACAGCCUUGCGAUCGAAUCAAGCCGGCGGCUGAUUGCUUCGGCAACAUGUUUAGUGGAAAAUUCGCGUUCUUUUACAAUCAGUCUCUAGUGGGCACCACUCUUUCGGCUACCGAGACGGCUGUGCAAUUUCAUGCGGACCUGCCGGCCGCAUGUUGUGUCGCUGCAGUCUCCCCGUUCAUGCAGUUACAGUUCAGCAACAGUCCACCGAUUAGUGGCAUCGUGAGUGCUGAUGGUCGCAGCCCAGACCCAGAUGGCGCAAAUCUUACCAUGACUGGAGAAGUCCAGGCCGAGAGUGGUCUUCGCACUGUGAAUUUGCCUACUCAGCCGCCCGUUGCUGGUAGUGUGGCAACCGGACUAUGGAAUUUCAACAUCUCCACGGCUGGUUUUGAAGCAGUCAUCGGCAACACUCUGCGAGACCCUCUGCUCAUCAUCAUUCUGGAGCCUUGCUCAUAG